AUUUGUCUUGGUUGGUUUGCGCCGGCGGUUCGCCAUUUUACUGACGGCGACAAUCGCACUGCGGCGCAGAGUCGGGCAUCCACUGUCUUGCGGAAGAUCUUGGGAUAACGUGACCGCGGUAAAGGAAGGUUCAUGGAGGGGUAGAUGGAGUACGAAGGCACUACAGUGUGGCUUUUUGCCGAAGAGUGGACUCCGGGAGCCGAGUGAAAGUAGACAGCUCUGCCGGCUGUUUAGGCACCCUGACGGGUCAUUCACCCUUCUGCGGAGCUGGUUGUUUUAGUGGAGCAAUUCAGCCUAAAUACCCAGUUCAAGGGUACAACAGCAGGACCCUUUGUGGGAGCGGAACCAGAAGCCGUUCCAUGUGUGAGGCCUCAUCCUUAACCACUGCCCUACCUGCAGGUUUUUUUCUUUGUCAGUCAUGGACUACAUUCAAGUAACCCUCAGUAUAAGAGGAUCGACAUGCUCAGGAGAGUCCAUCGCGGUCGUGGGUAGCUGUGAGAGGCUUGGCAGCUGGUGUGCCCAAAGAGCAGUAAUACUUCACCCCGAGGACGAUGGCACUUUGUGGAAACAGACUAUUGACAUCCCAAGGGGAGUUGUAGCAAAUUAUCGCUAUUUUAAAGGCUACUUUCUAGAAUCUAAGAACGCAGGUGUUCCAUGUCAAGUCAUAGUCAAUAAGUGGGAGACUCACCAACACCCGCGAACUUUGCAGUGCUCAGAGUCAGACGUCUUUAUCGACGAUGGACAUUUCGGUUUUCACAACGGCAUAGAAUGUGUGGAUUCAGGCUGGCUGACAUGUCAGACGGAAAUCCGCCUGCGCCUCCAUCAUUCCCAGAAGCCCCCUGUGUCGAUCACAAAGAAAAAAUUCAAGAAGUCGAGAUUCAGGCUGAGGCUGAUGCUGGAAGGCAUUGAGGAAGAGGAGGAUGAUGAGGAGCAGAGUCCCACAGCCUGGAAUAAAAUGACCACCACGCUGGAGAUCAGCAUGAUCAGCAGCAGUGGUUACAAGUCUCGUCAUUCACAGCCUGAAUGUGGCUAUGCCCUUGAGCCUGACCGCUGGACCGAGUACAGCAUCCUUACCAUGGAUCCCGACAACCUCGAGCUGACCUUUGAGUUCUUUGAGGAGGAGCUGAGUGAGACGGUUGUCCAAGGCGAUGUUCAUCCUGGCCAUGUCGGUACUGCCUGCCUGCUCUCAUCCUCCUUUCUGGAAAGUGGGAAGAACAUUGGAGUGGUCACUCUGCCCAUAAUGGGCAGAAAUUCCAGGCAAACCAUUGGCAAAGUCAGAGUGGACUACCUUGUGAUAAGACCGAUUAAAGGUUUUAUGUGUGACAUGCAUUCGUCGUUCACAAAGUACUGGAAGAAGAGAAGUGCUUUGGAUGUUGGGCACAGAGGAGCUGGCUGCUCACAUCCUGCAAAGCACACCAAGGUCAGGGAAAAUACCAUCGCAUCAUUCAAAAGUGCUGCAAACCAUGGUGCUGCCUAUGUGGAGUUUGAUGUCCAUCUUUCCAAGGAUUGUAUCCCUAUUGUGUACCAUGAUCUCACAUGCUGUAUUUCUACAAAAAAGAAAAAUCAGGAACUCCCUCUUGAACUGCUUGAAGUUCCUGUAAAGGAUCUUACAUUUGAUCAGCUCCAUCUUUUGAAGCUGGCCCAUGUGACAGCCAUGAAAGUGACAGACCACAAAGAUUGCUUUGACGAGGAGGAGUAUAUCACUGAACACCAGCCUUUUCCGUCACUUUCUCAGAUCUUUCAAGCAGUUCCUGAACAUGUAGGCUUCAACAUUGAGCUGAAAUGGAUUUCUCAGAUGAAGGAUGGAACCUGGGACGGAAACCUCUCAUCGUACUUUGACAUGAACAUGUUUCUUGACACCAUCCUAGUAUGCGUGCACCAGCUUGCAGGCAAACGAAGAAUAGUCUUCUCAUCCUUUGAUCCUGAUAUAUGCACAAUGGUUCGCCAGAAGCAGAACAAAUAUCCCAUUCUGUUUCUAACUCAAGGCGUCUCUGACAUCUACCCAGAGCUGAUGGACCUUCGCUGCCGCACAACUGAAAUCGCUAUAAGUUUUGCACAGAGUGAGGAUAUUUUGGGAAUCAGCGCGCAUACAGAGGAUCUGCUGAGGAAUAUGGACCUCAUCAGAGAUGCCCAGUCAAAGGGCCUGGUGAUCUUCUGCUGGGGGGACGACAACAAUGAUCACGAGAACAGGAGGAAGUUGCGAGAGCACGGCAUCGACGGCCUCAUCUACGACAGGAUCUGUGAUGUCGAGCAGUCAAACAUCUUCAAAGUAGAGGAGGAGGUGUCGCUGAAGGCAGUCAUUCCAGAGGAGACACUGAAGAACUGCGUUUGCUCUGCCUACAGCAUCCCGUGCUCCUCCUUGCCCUGUACCAGGAGAGCAGGGGCAGGCAGCGCUGAAUCCGACUCAGGCCUUAGCUCAUCAUGAACUUUCACCAAGUGCUGAUGCCAGCAGAUGUGUAAAGACUAGUCUUAUUCCAUCACUGCUAAAUUUGAGCCUGGGAGGUGAUCAUGGCCAAAACUGCUUCAGCUUUGUGACUCAAAAAGUAAAUGCACAGAAAACCAGUCUUUUCAUUUAUGUAGGCCACAGUUGUAUGUAACAGUAGCAAAGCUGCUGAACAACUUGUAACCGUUUUUCCUCAGGUUUAUUUAUUUGUUUGUAUAGAUCAUUAUUGUGUAGCUUCACCAAAUUAUGUUUAUUCCAUGACUCCUUAUUUUAAGAAGUGUAAGCUUAACGUCGAUUAUGCCAGAUGCAAUCAUUAAUCUGUUUUUCCUUUUCUUGAAAUGUUUAUACAUGCCUGUACACAUUUCCCAACUGCUGUUUUUUUUAAGAAAAUGUUUCUCCUUGCUUGGGUUGUCAGCCUUAACAUGUUUCUCAGUCGUGAUUAUGUUGAUACUUCAAUACAGAUAAGCAGGCACAGUGGAGAAUUUCAUAAACGUUCAUUUAUGGGUCUGGAUCCUGUUUUACAGUAUCACACCUUAUAACAUAUAAGUAUAUACAUAUAUAUAUAAAUGUGCAGUUAUUUAUAAAAUGCAUGCUCAGUACAUAUUUGAAUUUUGCGGCUUAUGUAAAAUACAUUCAAGUGCUUGUGUUCCCUAAUAAUUCACAUGCACAAAUUCAUAUAAAAUAAUCUGUUACUUGCAGAACUCAAUUUUUACAGUACUUCUCUAUGCCUGUAAAUUCAUACAUGAUUUAUUUUAGGAUCUAAGCUUGUUCAUCGUGAUUGCAGGACACGUCCCGUUGCCUUUGUUUUAGCUGACAACCUGCUGCGUAUAAUGACAUUGUGAAUUGCUGAAAGUCACACUAAAAAACAUGAACGCCUCUGGCUGGUUUAAAAAAAAAAAAAAAAACAAUAUCAUUUACCUUCAGAAUAACUGGUGAAAAGGUGAUUAUGCUGCUCUAUUUACUUACAAUGUAUGAUGGUUUCAACUGAACUUGUUUGCAGUGUUUCGCCUUGAACCUGGGUAGAUGCUGCCAAAAAAAGCCCCACAUGAGCCAGUGAUGGAGCGUUGGUGGUAUUUUGAAACCGUGAUUAGCAGACAGAUGUCGCUGCAGACUGCAUCUAUGUCCGUGUGUUUUUUGCUACUCAAGUUACUGUGUGCUUGCAUUGGAACCUGUAUAACUGAUUUAAUGUGACACUCUGUGGUAGCACUGGACAUUAUUGGGUGUUUGAUUGUUUCAGUCCACAUACCCAGGAGUACCUCACUUCAGUGUGUGCAUAGCACUCUUUCAUGUUGUUCGUUUGUUCACAUGUUCCAUGGCAAUGCAGCUGCAGCUUGAUAUGAUGCAGGAAUUCACUCAUGGAUGCUUACUUGCACUGUAUCUUUGACAUUUUAUGUACAUUUGUGCUCUUAUCCUCUGUGGAACAGCAGAUGUCUUAAAUGUAUUCUAAAUGGUACUGAAUGCCAUUUUUGAUGGACUACUCUGCGUAAAUAAAAAAGAAUUAAGACCAAUGAAAA